AUGACCAAAUCGAACACAGAGUCCAGUUAUGAGUCCCCGUUUGUGGUUGUGGAGUUUGACAUCUUUCAGAAUCUGGUGACGUCGGUGCAAGAUCCCGCCGGCGACCACGUCGGCAUUGAUGUCGACUCGACAAAGUCUUUGGUCACAAAGCCUUGGAAUGGUAGCCUUGUGAAUGGGGCAAUCAAUAGUGCUAUGGUUAGAUAUGAUUCUGUGUCCAAAAAUAUUAGUGUUGCCUACACUAGUUAUUUGAAUGGUACACAAGUGAUGAGGUAUGUUCAUUACACGGUGGAUUUGGAUCAGUACUUGCCGGAUUUGGUCAUCGUUGGGUUCUCGGCCGCAACAGGUGCACUGACUGCUCUGCAUAAGAUCAAUUCUUGGAGCUUUGAUUCAACUUCAUUGGUAGAUGAAAACAACACAUCAAUUCUUCCUGAGCCAAGGGUCAAACCCAAGUCAGGAAAUGACAAUGUUGGACUAGUGGUUGGGUUGGUUGUUGGGGGAGGUGUCAUCUUGGCUGGUGUGUUGGGUUUGGUUUGGUUUUUCUUUUGCAAGAAGAGAGGAGGAGGGGAGAGUGAUGAUGAAGAUCCUAUGGUGUAUGACUCGAUUGAUGAUGAGUUCGAAAAGGGGACAGGCCCCCGGAAGUUUGCAUACAGCAACUUGGCUCGUGCGACGAGUAAUUUUUUGGAAGGAGAGAAGCUUGGAGAGGGAGGAUUUGGUGGGGUUUAUAAAGGAUUCAUCAAAGAAUUGGAUUCAUAUGUUGAUGUUAAGAGGGUGUCUCGGGGGUCUAAACAAGGGCUCAAGGAGUAUGCGGCAGAAGUAAGGAUCAUCAGUCGACUUAGGCAUCAAAACCUGGUACAACUCAUUGGUUGGUGCCAUGAAAAAGGAGAACUACUAGUUUACGAAUUCAUGCCAAAUGGCAGCUUAGAUACCCAUCUGUUCAAAGCCAGAAGCUUGCUAGCUUGGGAGGCAAGAUAUAAAAUUGGUCAAGGGUUGGCAGCGGGGCUGUUUUAUCUCCAUGAAGAAUGGGAACAAUGUGUGCUACAUAGGGAUAUCAAAUCUAGCAAUGUUAUGUUGGAUUCAAAUUUCAAUGUGAAACUUGGGGAUUUCGGGUUAGCUCGACUUGUGGACCACGGGAAACAAUCACAAACCACAGUUUUGGCCGGAACCUUGGGAUACAUGGCUCCUGAAUAUACUACCACAGGGAAAGCUAGCAAGGAAACAGAUAUCUAUAGUUUCGGAAUUGUAGCUUUGGAGAUUGCUUGUGGGAGAAAACCCGUGGAUGUCAAGUUAGGAAGACAUCAAAUCAAUAUGGUGGAGUGGGUUUGGAAGCUCUAUGGAGAAGGAAAAGUAAUUGAAGCAGCUGACCCAAAACUGUGUGGAGAUUUUGAUGAGAAACAAAUGGAGUGCUUGUUGAUUGUUGGAUUGUGGUGUGUUCACCCGGAUUCUAAUAUCAGGCCUUCGAUACAGCAAGCGAUUCAAGUGCUCAACUUUGAAGUUCCGUCACCUAUUCUCCCAUCAAAAAUGCCAGUGGCUAGUUAUAUUGCUGCUCCAGUGUCAUUCUUAAUCGUGUCCGGUAAUACUAGUGAUUUAGAAAGAGGUCAAACAAAGUCUUCAGGUUACAACACCAAUGCUUCCCAGUUCACCACUACUUCUGCAUCAUAUUCCUCUCCAUCAGCAUCACUUCUACACGCAAAAUAA